AUGGCGUCCUCGAUCCGCACCGCCGUCCACGAGUCCCUCCCCUACAUCGACCCCGAGCCCACGGCCGCCGAGCGCGCAGCCGCAGAAUCUCUCAUCGCCGCCGAGCUCUCCUCUUCCUCCUCCUCCUCUCCGCCCGCCUCGCUGCUACCGCCCCUCCGCGCGCCCAACUUCAGCCCCCUCGUGACGCUCGAGCUCGAGCGGAUAGCCGCGGGCGCGCCCUUCGCGGGCGGCGUCGACCUGUCGCGCUACGAAGCCCUGCCCGACUCCGACUCCUCCUCUUCUUCUUCUGAGCUGCAGACCUCCCUCCGCCUCGCCUACGCCGCCGGCACCUACCUCGCGUCGCGCCGCGCUCACCUCCGCCUCCUCGACGCCCACGGCCGCAACGCCUGGCUCCUCGCCAACUGGCGCGCCGAGGCCGACCUCCGCGCCCUCGAGCGCGACCUCGCCGCCGCCCGCCGCGACGUCGACCGCCUCGCCCUCGCCCGCCGCGCCGCCCAGGACGCCGCCGCCGCCGAGCUCUGCGGCCUCGACUACGCCUGGCGCCGCGGCGUCGCCCGCGCCCUCGAGGCCGAGGUCGCCGCCGAAGACCUCCGCCGCCAGGUCCGUGACCGCCAGCGCGCCGCCGCCGCCGCCGCCGCCGCCGCCGACGACGACGACGACGGCCGCGCGGUCACCGCUUCCUAG